UCCUGCUCCCUCUUGCCAUUACUCUCCCUCUCUCGCACUUUGUUAUUUUCCUUUGCCAUCAUCAUCGUCAGCUUCUUCGUCUCUAUACCCUUCUCACCCCACCUUUCUUUCCCUCUUCGCCCCACCUCUGAGCUUGAUGACACCAAUCUUUGCCUGCAAUUCCGAGCCUUCUUUUUCUUUCUUUCUUCCCCUUGGUUCCUCCCACAAGUCGCCAACUGUUACAUUUUCCUUCCUUUUCUUUCUUUUCUUCUUUAUGGGCACCCUUCGUUUUGCCUACCCUCUUUCCAAUUCCAAACAUUCUAAGUCCCUGAUUCUGUUUUUCUGGGUUAACGGGGUCUGGAAUUUCUGCUAAUACUUCGUAAUUUUAUGGAGCUCAGCUUUUGGUCCCGCUCUUGUUUGCAUAGUUUCCAGCCGUUAUAAUCCAACCUGGGUUCAUUUUUUUCUUUUUAUCGUUUUAAUUCUUUGUCAUUCGGUGAUUUGAGCGUGUUCAGUUCUUACAAUGCUGCCUCAGCAGCAAAAUCCGCCCGAGACUUCGCAUUCUCUGCAGCAAAAAAAUGGUCUCGACGACAAGAGCUUGGAAAGAGAUAUUCAGUCCUUCUCCAUAAGGCAGUAUGCUCUUGCAUCUCGUCAAAAUGAUAUCUAUUGUAACUGGCCAUUUCCGGAGAAAUACUUGCAAAUCUGUUUUAAACACGGUAUCCACAAUGUUUUACCACCCUUUGAACCCCGAGGUUCUGCUAUUCUAUCACUCAGACAGGGUGCAAGUUUCAAGUGUUCUGGAAAAGAUAAUGAAAAGGAUAAUUCCUUUGACGAUAGAGUGCAAGAUUUUGUUGGGCAGGAGAAACUUUUCAAAUAUGAGUGUGAUUCAUACUCUUAUGAAGAAAUAUCAAAACGUUCCAGCCAGGAUUGCCAUUUAUCCCUUUCUAGUAGCUGUAAGUUUGAAGAGAGCAACCACAUUACUUCUGAUCUUGCUUCUUCUGUCAUAGUUCCCAAAGUUCAACCUUCAAUUACAAUGCCUAGUUUGCACCUUGAUGUUGAUCAGAAUAGUCAAUCACAGACUUUCACAAAGAUGUUGAUGCAUAAGCUAAAAAGGCGUAAAGGGAAACGUAAGAAACGGUCGAUGGUGGAUAUUUUAGCUGUGGCAAAGAAUUGUACUUUGGAGGAUCUUUACAGAAUUAACAGAAUAUUGGGAUGUGGUUCAGAAAAACCUCUGGAACAUGGGAGUGAAGGAAAGGAUGCUGAGAAUAAUUGUGAAUCUGAGCUGACAAAUGAGUGCUUGGACAAGAGGCUUCAAAGGGAUGAUUGUGAACCUGUGACUGUAAAUGCACUCAGUAAAAAGCAGUUGGUACUAAAGUUCAAGUUCAGUGGACACAAACCCAAUUAAUGAAACAGACAAACAGUUCGGCAGCAUAUACCAAGGUUUCAGGUGCUCUUAGUUGAUUAUGAAGCUAUGAUCAGACGAUCUUUCUAAUUUCUUUUAAACCCCAUAUGGUCCUUACGAGGCAGUUGGGCUCAUGUGGUUGUGCAGCUCCAAGCACCAUGUACAAUGCCGAGGGGUAGAGAAAGGGAGG